UCGCCUGGUAACAGAGAAAGCGUCGCUAGGAAGUGAAUAGUGCGAUGAGUUCGCGGCAAAAAAAUAGCUUUUUUGAGGCAAUCUACGGCGAAAGUUUACGAAUACCGGAACGGGAGUACAGUUUAUCUGUGAGAAGAAGGGAGUAACGUUGUCUAAUUUAUCACAAUUAUGCGUCGUCGCGUGCUAGCUAGCUCAUUCACAUCUCGUGGCAUGAGAGAUAAAACAAGAUUAAGUUAGCAAGCUAGCUAGCCAGCAGCUAGCUAGCUUAGUAGUCAUAGUCAAUUACGCACCCCAGCAGGACAGGAGAAGGUGGUUGACAGUUGAAGAAUAACACUACCCUAAUCUGCUCAUAUGGGUUGGGGACCUGGGUGGUAGGCCCUGCUUGCUUCCACAGCCAGGUUGUUCUGACACAAACAUGGGRAAACUUCAGAGCAAGUUCCGACGGUCGCGCUCUGAACUGUACAGGGCGACCAAAGGUAAUGGCGAGGAUGCUGCUGUCAGUCAAGUGAUACAGUAUGAACCCGCCCACCGUGAUGCCGUCAACUGUGUCACCARCCUGACCUCAGACCUUUGUGUGUCUGGGGGAGGUGACAUGGCAGUGGUUGUGUAUGACUGGAGAGGAGGGAAGUUAUGUCAGUCAUUCCAGGGUCACAACAGAGAGGUUACCAAGGUGGAGUGUUUUCCUGGCAGCACCUGGAUCUUCAGUGCGUCUCGAGACAAGACUGUUAUGAUGUGGGACCUCAACCAGGGGGACGAGCCCAUCCAGGAGUUCUGUGGCCAUGAGCUGGUGGUCAACGGGCUGGCCGUCAGUCCAGAUGGGUCGAGGCUGUGCACUGGUUCCCGUGACAACUCCAUGUGCCUCUGGGACAUUGAGUCUGGCGAGCGUGUGCAUAAGAACACAGUCUCCAGAAACCUGGUUACUCAUGUGUGCUGGGUACCUGAGAGCAGCUCCAUCGUUCAGACAUCCGAGGAUAAAACCAUCAGGGUGUGGGACAGUCGUACCUGGCAGGUCACUAACACGUUCCCAGCCAAGCAAUACAUCCAGACACACUGUGACAUCAGCGCCAACGGUAACCACCUCCUGUCCAGCAGCAAUGGCUUCGGAGGCCAAGGCUGUGAGGCUACGCUUUGGGACCUCAGGCAGCCUGGCUGUAAGGUGGUGGAGUACCGGGGCCACCGUGAGACCACCGCUUGCUGUGUGUUCCUGCCCUCCAGCCCCGGGGGCCCUGCGCUCGUAGCGUCCUCCUCUCAUGACUGCUCAGUCAAAAUCUGGGAUCAAAACACUGCAGCCUGUCUGACCACUCUGACCCUGGAUGGAUCAGGUCCUUUGGUGUCUUUGGCCCCAAGUGACUCCAGCAGUCUGCUGUGUGCCAGCUUUAACACAGGGCUCCACGUACUCCACCAUCACACGGAUGGGCUGGACCUAAAGGAGGUGGCGCGCUUCUGAUAAGGGCACAGGACCGGUGCCGGCACGGUAACCCGAAACCCCAAAUCACCUACACUGUGGGCCACACAGACCUCCAAGCCAGCGAGGCCCUUUAAGUCAGAUGGACCUGAUCAGGAGACACCAUCCCUGGGUCAACUGAUGGGAGAAGACCCCUGCGAGUCAUUCUAAAAUCAGGGAGAGCCCUACGACAUUGUACUCAGAGCAUCAGGCGAGGCCCAACUGCUUUGGGAUGUCUUGGUACAACAGAAAUGUUUUGGAUGUUUGGAGACUAAGUGGAUAGUGAUAGCUUUAGCAAGUACAAUUAGCCAAAUUGCUAACUGUAAGUAGACAAUUGUGGAAUUGUUAAUCUGAUAGUUUAGGAAAAACUGUAACCACUAUAAAAUAGAGCAGGCAAAUAAAUCAUGAAUCGUUUAGAGCAGGGGUGUAUUCACUAGGAACCAAAYGGGCCCAAAAYGUGGAGGGACUAAACUGAACUUGUCCAAUAAGUGCAAAUGUUCAUUGCAAAAUAUUCAGUUGCAAAACACAUUUUGCUACAGUUUACUACGGUGUGCACUAAUGAAUACACCCCAGUCGUGUCCUACUCUAAUAAAGUGUCUACUUCAGACCGGACUAGGGUGAAACUUCACAGGAGGAGAUUGACACUUACGUUCUUACGACAGUUUAUUUGAAAUGGCUUCACGACCCCAUUUUAAUCAUACAAUAACAAAUUUAUGCCACAUUUUAUCAGAUGCUUUUAUCCAAAAUGAUGACUUAGUCAUGCAUGCAUUUAAUUUUUUUUAUUUUUUUUUUACGUAUGAGUGGUGCCAGGAAUCGAACCCACUACCCUGGUGUUGCAAGCAUCAUACUCUACCAGCUGAGCUACAGCGCAACUCGGCAGUGCUAAUGUCGACCCAGGUUGUGAUACUCGACUUCUGUGACAUACUCCGUUAUUAUGCUGGCAAAAAUGUAACUUAUGGAAUGCAAUGUAUUUGUAUUAAACUGACUGAGAUACUGCCACACUGUAGGUCAGCGUUUGCCAAACUAGGGGUCGCGACCCCAURURGGGUCACCAGUUUUGAAAAUAGGGGUUUCGAGAGAAACUCUGGA